AUGGACUCGGAAGAAAACGCAGCAGCGGAUGCUUCAGAGACGAGCACAGCAGCUGCCAAAGAAGCUGCUACUCCCGCAUCUUCAGGAAGGAAACGUGGUCGUCCUCCUAAAGUCAAAACAGCGCAGCCAUCAGAAGUGCCCAACCUUAUCAUAGAUGGUACAUUGGACACACCUACUACCGCACUGCCUAAAAAGCGUGGAAGAAAGUCGCUGGCUGAAUUAGCUAAGGAGGCUGUCAGCGACUCUACAAGCCCGCCUAUUUCUCCAUCAUCAGAGAAACGUGGAAGGCUAUCAACAUGGGCUUAUGCUGAGUAUUCAGAUGGUCCAGAAUCCGACGAAGACGAUGAUCACUACAAGAAAAAUCAGAGGAAGCAGAAUUUCAAAGCUACGCCUACGACUGGAAGUGGCAAGAAGCGUGGGCGACCUCCUAAGAAUACGCCAAAAGAGGCUCAAAGUGGCAAGAAGCGUGGGCGACCUCCUAAGAAUACGCCAAAAGAGGCUCAAAGGUGCGCUCAGACAUUCUGCAUUCUACCGUUGUUUUCAAUACAGAGAAAUCUUUCUUUGGUUAUAUACCUCAAUAGCCGCAGAACCGCUGAAGUCAAAAAGGUGUCAAGCGGUAAAAGAGGAAGACCGCCUAAAAAGCGAUCAUUGGAAACGAGGAAGAAAUCAUGA